AUUGUGGACUUUAUGUACGACACCUUUUUGGACUCUACUGCUACUAGAAAAGAACCUUUGUUUACAAGAAAACUGUUUAACUACCUGAGGUUUAUAGAAACGACCAUACAGUGAACAUUAUUUGAGGAUCUCAUAUGUUCUAAAAAUCAUCAAAGAAUCUUGAAUAUCAUCAAAAAUACUGAAAAAGCACAGCCCUGUCCUCAUGUUUUUGAGUGGGGUCUAUUUUCCCCCAUUUAACCUUCAAAUGGUUCGCAGAUAAUGAUACAUGUAUUUAUUAAUUUAACUCGCAGACAGUGUCAUGUCACAUGACCUGUGUAUAGCAGAAGGGAGACAUUCAGAAUGAUACUUAAGGCUCAGGGCAUUUGUGUAACCAGCUGUUUCAUGUUGUGGCUUGCUGAGAUAUUGUUAUAUUGACUAAUUUACAUCUUUGCUCAGUGUUAUUUCAAACAACGUACCAUACUGUCUAAAACGACCCUAAUCUCCAGUAGCAGACAGAUAAAGACCAGAUCAGAUUUGUUUUUAUUUUAACGAUCGGCACAAUCGAGAUUUGUCAUCUUCUUUUGUGCCUUUUUGCUCUACACUCUCCAUGUGACGCGUCCAUUUGUGUUACACAUAUCAUCAAAUGAACACCAGACUUUAAGAACGAACAUUUGGGGAAAUGGAAGUGUCUGCAUCUGCUCCACCCCUCACGUAAAGCUGGCAGACUACUGUAUACUGUAUAAGAGCCCUGCCUGUCACGCUGACUAUCACACAGGAGGAGGGUGUCAGAACGUAUUGGGGAAGUCUGUUGGCUUUGAGCUACUGCAACUUUUACGCACGACUCUUGUCUCCAUGCCGCUGUUUUCCACUUGAAUAUAAGGGAUUGAUUUCCCCGCCUGCCUUUGAGAAAUGGCUUUCACUAUGCUGAGACCCGUCUCCACGCAUCCUUUCUCUUACCCCGCGGACCUAACCUUGAUGUCGGACGACGAGGAAGGGAACCGCAGCGAGAGUGACGGCAGCACCGAUCAGGGGUACGGGCGGGAGUCCGGUGGAGUUGUAGUCGGACAGCGGAACGCUGCCAACGCCAGAGAGAGACACCGGACCCAGAACGUCAACACAGCCUUCACGGCGCUGCGGACGCUCAUCCCCACCGAGCCGGUGGACAGAAAACUUUCCAAAAUCGAGACGCUGCGCCUGGCAUCCAGCUAUAUUUCUCACCUGGCCAACGUGCUGGUGGUAGGAGACGGAAGAGAGGGCGAACAGCCGUGCCUGAGUGCUGUGUACAGAGAAGUGAAGGGGGGUGGGCAGGGCAAACAGCCCCGGACUAUCUGCACAUUCUGCCUCAGCAACCAGCGCAAAGGGGUGAAGGACAGACGAGACUGUGUGAAAAUGCAUGGAAACAGUGUGAGACAGCUAAGUCGACGAUGAAAGUGUCUAAACUGGAGCAGUGUGGGAUUUUUUUUCUUCCUCCCAGCAGAUAUUCCUAGAGACUUGAAGCAUCUCAGCACUACAGCAGUCCUCUUACUUUGUGAGGCUUUGUCUGGUUAUUUAGUGAGACAGGAGGAUUGCCAAGUGAACUACCUGUAUGUCUCCAGCAGUUGCCAGAAAUCCAGUACACAAAUUGUUACUGUUUGGGGUAUAGUGGAUAAAUAAUCUGAAAUUAUAAAAUUGUGACAUACAAAGUGAGCAGCACUAAGAAGGUUACUUACAUACAUACAUUAGAUGAACAGAUCUUACAUGUUAGGGGAACAGAAAUCCAUACUAACCCUACAUCAAUGAUGGGGUUACACUUAUGUACAGCACUUUGGAUCACUCACCUAAAGUAUGAUUACUAAUAGUUGGAAGCUAUGAACCAAAACAAAACAAAAAAUGGAGAAUACUUUAAAUCUGUAACAUCCUAGAACUCUAUGUCCAAGAGUACUUUGUUUUGUACUUUAAACAUUUUCAGUACAAGUACAAUUCACUUUGCAUACUCAGCAUUUACAGUGACUCAUAUCAAAUUGCACUUACAAUGAAACUGUUGAGCCUUACCACACUGAUGAUAAUAACCAGUGCUUUAACUAUUGAGUAGAAAAAGAUGCUGCUGAUUCAAAGAGUAGUCCAUCCAAAGUAGUCUUAAGUUCCUGGAAAUAUCAUAAAGAACAUAAUAAAAAUGUCAAGUAAUCCAUGAAAAUGUUAGUAUAAUUGCACAGUUUUUAAAUAUAAUUUGGGAUAAUUUAAAGAUAUAUCAGAAUACAUGAUUACAUGUCAUCUGUUAUACCACUAUUACCUGUCAAGCUAAUUGACUGAUUGAUUAUUGCACGGAGCAAUAAAACAUAUCAUCAGUGUUUUUUACUGGUUCCAAUUUACAAAUAUGGGUUUUAUCAUGCACAAAUGUUACUGAUGUCAUUCCUAUUUGUGAUUAAAAACAAAAGAAAACAAACAAACAAACAAAAACAAUGGUUUGGUCUGGUCUAAUGAACAUUCACAAACACUUUGGUGCUGGUCCUCAAGAUGUUUGUGUGAAGCUUUUCUCUCAAAUAGAUCUAUGCACCUGAAUAGUUUCUGGAGUGUCAGAGGAGAUAUCUGAGAGGCAAUGAUUUUAUCUACAUGUUUUUAUCUACUUUGAGAUUAAAUUUAUUUUUACAUAGGCAUGGCUCUCUUGCAUUUUUCUGCCAACAUAGCAAUAAGCAUGUGAUGAGAUCAUUAAAGGUCCCCUUUGCAUGGCCUGUUAAAGGGUUUUUUUUUAUUGGUGAUGCACAGAAACUGUUUUUGUGACACAAUAUUUGCCAUAUUUUGAAAUAGUUUGGUCUAUAACAAAGCUGAACAAAGCUUACAAUUUGUUUCCUGGGUAGGUUCACUCAAUGUAAGUAAAUAAACUGAGUUUAAGCAAUAAAUAAAAAAACAAUGUCAACAUUUCUCUACUUGUUACAGACCUGUAGUGGUAACGUCUUUAUAGUUUUGUUCAUUCAGGCCCCCAGCCGAUACAAUAGAGCCCAAAGCAGAAAAAGGCUAACUGGUUAUCAUGCAAGAAUCCAUGAUCAACUCAUUUCAUCAGAAGUGGUUUAAUUGCAUGUCACAUUUACAUUGUUGUCCUUUGUUUCUCUUUGGUAACCGUUUUUUUAAUAAAUAAAAAUUGCAUACAAACAGACCAGAAGAAGAAAAAAAAGCUUUUUAGAUGCGCUCGUAGUGAUAACCAUGAAAUUCCAUUCAAGGCCCACCAAGGCAGUUCUUGAUAUUUCCAUCAAGAAGUAAUCACUUCUUGAUGGAAAUAUCAAGAACUGCACAAGUUUAUCCAUGGACUAGAAGAAGAGACAAAGAUUGAAUUUUGGUGGUAGAGCUUCAAGUUUCUUCAUAAACGUUUGUAGUCUCCUAUGAGAAAAAAAGGCCUAAUUUGUUUACAUGACCUAUGUACAUGACCACAGUUUUGCAAAUUUGGAGGCAGGGUCUACACAAAUAAUGAAAUCUAAGGACUGAUCUGUGCAUAACUCCACUUUGGUAGUAUAUCAUUUUAGUUGGGAUUCACAUGUGGUGUUUAUCAGUCACGGCUAAUAUCACCUACCACCCUGUGUGCAGACAAACACAGCUGCUGCUGAAUGUUAAUGUUGUGGAUUACAUCAGAAGAGCAGCGCUCUGGCCACAUGAAGAGGCUGAUGGGAGUACACCUUUUUACAGGGUUGAAGGAUAAAUGCCUGCAUAUUGACUGGAAAAAUCUGCAUAGUAUAACCGUGUAACCUCACUCUCGUGAGAAUAAAAGUGGACAAGCUGUCCACUGUGAUGGAUUAUAGUACUCAAUCUGCAAGUCUGCAAGCAGAUUAGUUUGUAUGUAUGUUAAAAGAUUAGAUUGUUCUUUUUUUGUUUGGUAAAUAUUCUUACAGUUAGGUCCAUAAAUAUUUAAACAGAGAGAACUUUUUUCUAAUUGUUGUUCCCUACAUCACCACAAUGAAUUUGAAAUGAAAAAACUCAGAUGGAGUUGAAAUGCAGACCUGCAGCUUUUAUUCAAUGGGUUGAACGAAAAGAUUGCGUAAAAAUGUGAGGAACCAAAGCAAUCUGAAAACAAUCCCUUAAUUUCAGAUGCUCAAAAGCAACAGGACAGAUUGAAUAACUGAAAAUAAAAUGUUCAUUUCUAACACUUGUAUGAAAACCCUUUGCUGGCAAUGACAGCCUGAAGUCUUGAACUCAUGUAUGAACUCAGAUGUUGGGCUUCCUCCUUUUUAAUGCUUUAAGGCUGUUACUGCAGCGGCUUUCAGUUGCUGUCUGUUUGUGAGCCUUUGUGUCUGAAGUUUAGUCUUCAGCAAGUGAAAUGCUCUGUUGGGCUAAGAUUAGGUGACUUGGCCAUUCAAGAAUAUUCCACUUCUUUGCUUUAAUAAACUCCUGAGUUGAUUUGGCUGUUUGUUUGGGUCAUUGUCCAUCUAUAUUAUGAAACACCGUCAUAUGACACUGUCUUAGCAAAUUCUUGAGGCUUAUGAGUGGCUUGCAGUGAACUCUCUGUAUUUACGUUUAUGCAGUCUUUUCUUUACAGUACACUUGAAUGUCGAUACGCCUAACCCUCCUGGAGACUGUUGUUCACUUGGUUGGCUGUUAUGUAGGGGUUUCUCAUCACCGUGGAAACUGUUCUGUGAUCAUCUACCACUGUUCACCAGUGCUUUCUUUCUUUCUCAGGAUGUACCAAACUGCAGAUUUUGCCACUCCUAAUAUUGUACCAAUUUCUCAGAUGUUUUUUUUUGCUGUUUUCACAACUUAAGGAUGACUUGUUUCACCUGCAUGGUGAGCUCCUUUGACCGCAUGUUGUCUGUUCACAGCAAAACCUUCCAAAUGCAAGCACCACAACUCAAACCAACUCCAAGCCUUUUAAAUGCUUACCUGAUAAUGACAUAACAAAGAAAUUGCACACACCUGUCCAUGAAAUAACUGUUUUGAGUCAA